GCCGCCUGCACUGUCAAUGCCCGCCGUGACACUUUAUAGGAGCAAUAUUCAAAAUGUCGAAAUCUCAACCAAAAGGUCGAAUCAGCACGUUCUGAUGCCCAAGGCCAGGUUACUCAACAGUCCCGGAUGAUUGCCUAUCUCGGCAUUUUGUAUGGCAUCGCUCUAGUAACGUAGACAGUCAGUCAUACGAGCUCCUCGACCACGGCAAACCUCCAAGUCAACUUUACCGACCAGCGAUGGCUUUCGCUCCUCCACGAAGGGCUGCAAGUACCACCAUCAGGCCUGAUGGCUCAACAAGAUCUGCGUCAGGCAUUGCAAGUACAGGCUCUACGCGUCCAGCUUCGGUUACGAGCUCGUCGCGUGUUGUGCGGCCGACGGACGCAACUAGGAGUGUGAGAACGUCGUGGAUACCGCAGUUAUCACCCGUGAAACCGAAAAGCAAGGCUGCUUUGGUUGAUGGUAAUGGAGAUGAUGCCGGCGAGAACAUCCGCGAUACCAACCUCACCCGCGCUGUCUACGUCGUCAAGGACCACGGUUUCGCGACUCGCCACGUCACGCAUGUCGUCCUCGCCGGGAACUUCAUCUUCAACAUCAACUCUUCGGUCGUCAACAAGAAUCACGAAAACACAAUCAGCCCUGCCGUCAUCUCCGGUAAUAAGGACAAGAGCAGGGAUGACUUCGAUACCGUCUCCAAUCAAAUCAUCAACCCGUACAGUUACUACGGCUGGUACGUCCUCCACCCUACGACGAACGGCGCUUACAUCAACAUCGGCACCCCGGAAAAUCACGCCAACAAUCUCAACCCCACCGCCUGCAUCACCCAGAGUUACGGCAGAAGGAAACCCAGCCGACGCCAAGCCGUUCAACCCGAAACUCCACCUCGACGACCAGCUUCGUCUUUGACACAGCAAGACCUUACGAGUACGUCGAUUGAGAAAGAACGGCAACAAAGACAUUACAGAACGAAGCUGUACCAACUGCUGUACGAGAUCAAGAAUUUUCCACCUGCACACCAUCCCUCCACCGUCGCCUCCCUGAAGGAACGAUACAAAGCGCUGCAGGAGAAGGAACAAGCCCUCCACAAACGCCAGCUCGGAAACGUCUUUCAAAAAGAAAUCCGAUCCCUCGAGGAAGUCCUCACCCUCGGCACAACAGUCGAAAUCGCAGACGCCAUCCGCCGCGCCGAACGCGUCCUCGCCGCACCACGCGAAGCCGGAAUCAGCAGACUACGACAUGCGAAACAGGGGUUGGGGAGGGUACAAACUGGACCUGGGAGGUUGAGAGAUGUUGUUGAGGGGAUGAAGGAACUAUUGAGGGUUGAGAUUACGGUGAUGGAGUUGGACAGGGAGUUUGAAGCGUUACGGGCUGGGAUGGAGGAGGCGGAGGUAUUGGAGGAGUUUGAGAAGGGAUGGGAAGAGUCGUUAAGUGCAGAUAUCAAAAGCGCUUGGCUAUCUGUAUGACGUGAAGUAAGGUUGGCUGCCUUAUGAUGGGAUUGACUGUUAGGUACAUGUACGUACACGCAUACCAUGCAAUACUUGACCGAUGACAGGCCUUGAUAAGCAGUCCCACUUGAAGAGAGCUUCCGAAGCGUAGAC